GCCUUCGAAUUGAGUCUUCUUUUUAUAGAGCAGCACUGUGAUUUCUCUAUUUUUUUUUAAAUUAUUUUUUUUUUAAUUUUAAUUUUUUUGGAUCGCCGGAAUCUAAGUUCCGGCGACGCCUCGCCGGCCGGAAGAUUCUGGGUGUUUGUCUAAAUUUUGAAAUUCCGGCGAUCGGUUGAAUUUGUAUGGCAAAAGGUCGGAAAUUAACCACCAGUCGGAGCGAGCGGUUUCUGGAGAGCUUCGGCUACAAUCACAGUCAGGAGGCAGGCGGCGCCGCCGCACCGGAGCUCGGAGAAGAUGAGGUGUGGUCGAUAAUCGACGACUCAGCCGUCGAGAGCGGCGGCGACUGGAGUUCACGCGCCUCCGUGGAGAGCAACGGAGGUUUCAGCGGCUAUCGGAGUAGCCGGCGGCCGCCGGCUCGGCGCCACCGUCCCGUCGGAGGAUUGUCUCUGGCGUUCGAAGAUCCGAACAACACAUCCUCUCCGACGAUCGUCCACCAGUUCCGCGGGCAGGACGGCGCCGGAGAGUCUCCCCGCGGCCGCCGGCACGUGGCGACGUCGGCGCCGGUGAACGUCCCCGACUGGUCAAAAAUCUACCGAGUUGACUCGGUCGAGUCGAUGCAUGACUCGGACGACGGGUUGAAUGACUCGUCCGAGUCGGAACUCGUGCCGCCGCACGUGUACCUCGCGCGCAGCCGGAAAAUGGUGGCCGACUCGGUUUUCGAGGGGGUCGGCCGGACGCUUAAGGGCCGGGACAUGAGCCGGGUUCGAGAUGCCGUGUGGAGCCAGACCGGGUUCGACGGAUAGUUAAAUAUUAUUAGUCUUAUUAAAUUAAUGAGAUUACUAUAUUAUAUAGUAUUAAAUAUUAAUUAAAAUAAGAAGUCGUUAUUAUCUCCAUUAAAUUAUGUAAUUUUUUUGCUAUUAUAAUUUUGGGUAAGGAGUUAUUGGAUCAAACACUAUUUUGAUGGAAAUUCAAGUGUAUUUAUAUAUAUAUAUAUUUAUGUUGGUGUUC